AUGUCGUCAAAUACAUAUACAAAUGUAAGUAAUCAACCACCACAACAAUUACAAUAUUAUGGUAUAACUCGUAGUCGUUCUCGUCAACGCAGUAAUGGUGGGGAUUCACGGGCCAAUAAUCAAUAUCUAUUUAGAAACAAUCGUUUUAUUCCUCCACAAAAUAAUCGGAGAAACUAUUAUCAAAAUUUUCAGAAUGGAUAUCGAAGAUUAUAUCGUGAAAAAAUUUAUUAUAAUCGUUAUUAUCAACCACCACAACAAUAUUAUCAGCAACAUAUUAAAAGAAGAAGUAGUCAAAAUCGAUUAAACAAAAGAAGACCAAGUUUAAUUCGAACUCAACAACGUGGUCCAAGGCAAUUAAAAUUAAAUGAUUUUAUGCCAACAGAAUUAAGAAGUCGAUCAACAAGUCUUCCUUCUGAUUUUAAUUUACAAAAUAAUACAAAUCCUGCACCACCAGAUGCAUUACCUCAACGAGCAAGAUUUAUUAAUAAUACUACUCAACCUUUUGUUGUUAAUAAUCAAAAUAAUACAGCUAGAACAACAGAUUCAUAUCAACAAAGAAAAAUAACUACUGCAUCAUUUCGACGUCAACAAAAACGGAAUUAUCCACAACAAAAUCGAAAAAACAGUAUUAGUACUAAUAAUACGAAUCGAUUUGCUUUAUUAGCUGGUGCUGAUGAUAAUGAAACAAGUGACAUUGAAUCAAAUAUUGAUGAUAAUAAACCUGUAGUUGUUCUAGAAAAUAAUAAAAAUAAAAAUAAAAAUAAUAAGAAGAAAGAUAAAAAGAAUAAAGUAUAUGCAUAUCUUCAAAAUAAUAGAAUUUUAGCUUGGUUAAAAGAUGAUCUAUCAUUAUCGGAAAUUAUUAAAGGACUUGGUAUAGAAAAGAAACAUUGGGCUAAAGAUGUUGUAAAACGAACAAAAAAACGUGAUGAUAUUGAAAAUACACGAUUUAUUCAAAAGAAAAUUAGUCAAUUAUCAUCAUCGAUUGCUGAACUUUGGGCUUCUAUAUCUGAUUUACAAAUUCAACUUGCAACAUAUUGGUCACAAGUUCCUAAACGAACAAGUAAACGUACUGAUACAAAUAAUCAAGUAGUAAAUCAAACACAAACUCCAGUAUUAACAACAACAACAACAGCCCAACCUAUUAGUACUACAACAGCUAAUACAACUACACCAAUAAUGUCACCGGAACGUAUUCGAAGUGAAAUAGAUAAAAUUGAAGAAGCUAUUCUAAAAUAUAUUCAGCAUUGUACUCAACAUAUUAAAAAGUUAGCUGAUAAUCGUAUAAGAUUAGCUAAAGCAGAAAUUGAUGAAUUCAAAGCUUUAGAAGAUUUUGAACAAAUAGCGACUCCAGCACAAUGA